AUGCGCGAGUCGGACGCGGGUGGGAUUCAACAGGCCGUGGGUGUGAACCCACGGUUUGUCGAACCCAGCGUGACCCCGGACGUCUUAAAAGGGAUCAAAAAAAAGCUCGAGGUUCUGGAACAAGAUCCUCUCAUAUUACAAAUUAUAAACGCUAUAAUUGAUUUAUCAAGGUAUAAGCUUAGUACGAUAGCAAACAAUUUAACCCAACUUCUAGAAUCAAUAUCCAAGUCCUCAUCGAUGGUUUUGGAAGAAUUUGUACCUAUCGAAGUAUUACAGUCUCAACUAUUAAUCUUAAAAAUUUUAUCGGCGUGUAUGACAAACCAUUGGAAAUAUUAUCGAGUAGCUAUGAGACAGUCCUCUGAUAAUUCAUCCUUUACCGGAGACGAUAAUUCAUCCGUGACUACAUUAGUAAAUCAACCUAAAUUCAAAUUACCUAAAUCAUGGGAAGAUCCUCCACCAUUAGAGGAUUCUCUUGCAAAAUAUAUCUUGAACAUAUUGUCUCGAUUUCUACAUCAAAUGGCAAGUCAAGAAGAUAAUAAUACCGGUCAACCACCAACUGGAAGCCCUGCCGGAUUGUCUCCUAACCCAUCUACUUCAACACAGGGAUCAUCUGCUACCUUUGAUAUAAUUAGUGAUAUAUAUAAGAACGCUGGUCGCGUUAUAUUUUAUAUUAGUGCGUCUAAUUGGAAUGUUGUUUUUUCAAGGAUAAAGACUCGCAUCGGUUAUUUGACAUCUACAAAUGAUGAAUGGCCAGAGACGGCAGAAUUAAAAUUGCUGGAAUGCUCGGAUUUAAAUUCAAAACGGUUAUCAAUGGUUCUUCAAGAACUGUGCGGUUCCUUUUUGCAUCUUAAACGUUCGGCACAAACAAUGAUGGCUAAUGUUUUACGCAAGGCUAUAUGGAAUUGGAUAGAAGUCUUCCCAGCGGAAUUUGUAACGCUCUGUCAAAGCCAAAAACGAUUGGACGGAGGUCCUGAAAUAUUGUUCGAUUAUUGUAAUAAUUUAGCUGAAAGUCAUGUUAGGAAAAGGUCCGUUUUUUGGCCGCUACAGACUAUGUUGUUAAUUUUAUGUCCUGAUAUAUUGUUUAAUGCCUCAAUGUCAGAUCGAACGUCACCAUCAAAAAGGGCAGCAUUUCUUGAUUCGUUAAAACAAUCACUUAGACGAUCAAGAUUAGCAGAUGUUGCCGUAGUAUGUUAUGUCGACAUCUGUAAAGCAUCUACUUAUGUAGCCAAGAAUGAUUCUUCGGCUUUACGACUUAUCGUUCCUGAUAUCGAAAACGAUCUUAAAGCAAGAUUAUUCGAUCCUAGUAGACCGUUUAUGAACGACUCACAAAUUGAUCAAAAGCUUAUGACGGAUUGUUUAACGGCCUUAUUCAGACUAAAUCAAGAUACGUUAGAAUCUUUAAUUCCGGUUUGCCUGAGUGAAAAUGCGCCCAACGCUUUCAAAUUAGUGUUAGUCAAAAGUUGCUAUGCGAUAGCUUCAGAGGAAAAUCGAUUUCCUUGGAAUCCUAGUUUACCGUCAGUAUAUUCGAUCCUUGCUGUACCACUCCGACAAUUAUUAUAUCAAUACAUGAACUUUAGAGAUAAGUCUAAUGAUCUCAAGAAAAAAAUUAAAGCAAAAGAAAAACCAGAAGAGCUAAAUGAAAAGAUGGAAAUUAUUCUAAAUAUCAUCAAACUGUAUAAAUCUGAUCCUAUGCUAGCACUUGUUCAUUGCGAUCCUGAUCAACAUCAAGAAGAAAUUCGACAAGUAAUUUAUGGUAUAGCGUUAUGUGUAAAUGAUUAUAACAACAUAAUUCGAACCACGGCGGCGGAAACUUUGUUGGAACUUCAUAAUUUAGAAUAUAUUGUAAAAUGGGGUCCAGAAGAUAUGACAAUGGAUAACUUUUGGUUAAUAAGUUCUCAAGUAAUGUUAGCUAUUGCAAGACAAAUUCUAGAGUUUACGGAGAGAGAAGAUAAUAUAAGAUAUCUGCUUGAGCUUUUGCUUCAACUAUUUGUUCGUCGUAACGAAUUCUUAAAAGUGCACAGGGAAAUAUCAACUGUUGGGAUUCAAGCCCCUGAACGACUUGGUUGUAAUGUUGUGCUCGAGAUCGCCUUGCUUGUUUUACUAUGUUCAUCUGACACAGAUAUUUGUUCCAUGUCAUUAAACUGUUUUGGACAUUUGUGCCAAGAAGCUCAAUUGACAACAGAAAUUAUUCCCGAUGAAAUGGAUGUUCAAACCUCUUUCCCGAAUGACUUGCCAAUUAUUGAAAACUUGGACGUCUAUUUCGAAUUAUCAUCUGCACCUUAUCUAGUUCCAGGUCGAAUGGCGCAACAAAAGCGUAUUCGAAAAUUAUUACGAUUAAUGAAGUCACCAACCCCUGGAAAUCUCGCUGCAUGGGAAGAGGCAUAUCAACGCUGGAAAAUGCUUAACGGAAUAAUUACAGCAAUGGAACCCAGAACUAGAGGAUUACCUUGGCAUCCUGGUCAGGCAAAAGCUGGUAGUAAUUCAGUUGCGGUUUCGGAGGCACAAACAAAUGAAUGGCUUAAUUAUACUGGUUUUCUAUGUGCAUUGGGUGGGGUUUGCGUCAAUGAUAAACAAAUUAACAAUCCACUUAAUGGACGUAUAAAUGAGUCUUUGGGAAAUGAACUUACAGAUCGUAGAAAUAAUGGACCUCACGCAAAUGUUCAUUUAAUGGUAGAAAAGUAUGUACAAGAAAUGGUGGAUUUGUUGGUUUGUGAUUCAGUAGUAGUUCGAGAGAAUGUAAAGGAUUCACUUGGAACCGAAUUGAAUCCAAGAUUAUAUGUUAUUUUAUUUAAACAUCUUGAAUCCAUCGUAUCACGAUUUUUUGAUUUGGAUGGUGAGCUGAGCCCAACCGAAAAAUAUACGCUGUUUGUAGAGCAAGCAAUUCUUGUCUUGAAGCUUAUCUUGGAGCGUAUUCAAGAUGCUUCGGAAAAUUUAUACACAGUUGACCUUGGAGAUCUUGUUCUCUCUUUUGCCCUCUAUUUGAAUCGACUUGGAUCUUCCCUUGUAGCAUUACGAAUUAAAAAGCGAAUGUGUCAACUCGCCGAAAUUUUAAUGUAUAAAAAAGAUUAUGUCACCCUUCGACAAGAAAUUAAAUUGAGAAAUAGGCUUUUGGAAAUUUUCAUAGAAUGGACUUCAGAUUUUACAAUGAAGACGGAUGCUCAAGGAAGUAGUAGUAACGAGACAACUCCAAAUAAAAGUGAGAAAUUACAUCGUGAUUUGGAUCAAGCUUGUUUGAAGACUGUGGUUUCUCUCCUUCAACAAUUACCUUUACAACCUUCGGAAACUGUGCACGAGUCAGAUUUAAGUGGUGUGAAAUCACGCUUAUUCUAUAAGUAUUUCUCGUUUUUCAUCAAGCUGUUGAAUCGAUGUCGUAUUCUCGAGGCAAUCGAUAGCGGAACACAUUCCGCGAAAAAUAAUUCGGACUUGCAAAUGUUAUUAUCAAAGUCUAAGGAAUAUGUCAAAGAUUUAGGUCCUUUGAAAGAUUACACGAUUUUAGCAUUAAGUAAUUUACUCAGUGCAAAUGUUGAUUCUGGUUUGAAAUAUUCCCUGUCGAUGGGGUAUCAUGAAGAUACCAAGACAAGGACUGCGUUUAUGCAGGUUCUUACUAAUAUCUUGAACCAGGGAACUGAAUUCGAAGGUCUCGCGGAAAACGCCAUGAAAGAUCGCUAUGAAAAGCUUGUUGAGUUGAUAACUGAAUCUGACCUAAAUAUCGCAUUGUCGUUAUGUGAAGUCUGUCCAGUUUCUGAUAUCGAUGAAGUUGCUAAAACCCUUUUAGCUGUUUUUGACUCUCGAAAUAAGACCAUGUCAUUAUUGAAGGCCAUUAUUGAAAAAGAAGUGAUUAGCACAGAGCAUGAAUCUGAUUUAUUCCGGCGCAAUUGCAUGGCAACACGUAUGUUGGCUGCUUUUGCAAAAACACAUGGGACGGAAUAUUUGCGUGAAACUUUGCAACCCUUGAUAGAAUUUCUUCUAUCUAAACCGAGUGAUUUCAGUUGUGAGCUCAAGCCCGAUAAUCUAGGUAGUGAUGAUGUAAAUCAAAAUUUGCAAAACUUGAUUUCCACAGCUCAGGCAUUCUUGGAUGGGAUCUGCGCUUCUGGUCCAAAUAUGCCAAGAUCAUUCCGAGAAGUAUGUCAUUACAUUAGUAAUUCGGUUGAACAAAAAUACAAGCCAGCAAAAUUCGUCACAGUGGGAUCGUUCGUUUUUCUACGUUUCUUUAAUCCUGCCAUAGUGGCACCGGAUAGUGAAAACUUAUGCAAACCCAUUGAAAAUGCUAAAAUUCGAAGGGCAUUGUUAUUAAUUACCAAGGUUAUUCAGAACCUCGCGAAUAAUGUUCUUUUCGGUGCGAAAGAACCGUUUAUGAUUGUCUUGAAUAAUUUUUUAAAUGAAAAUAUCGUCAACGUAACAACUUUCUUGGAAGAAAUUUCCAAAUUACCUCCGACACACUCAUUUGCAGAUGUGCCAGCAGGAGAUAAUGUAAACGUACGUAGAUUGGAGGAUUCUGAACGAAAGGCCCUUCAUAGACAUCUUAUUGAAAACCAAGAAAAGAUGGCAAAAGAUCUUCAGACACGUAGAGUCAAGUCAAUAAACCCAGCCUCUGCACCCGCUAACAUUAUGCUCGAUCAAGCUCAAGCAAACAAAAAGACUUGGGAUAAGAUUUCUACACUUCUCGCACAACUUGGACCACCUGCAGAAAGCCAAAUGAAAGAAUUCUCAAAUAUUGGGACCAAUCACUUUGAAACAAAUAAUCAACUUUUCAAAGAAUUCAUGAUACGACAUAAAAAUCGUAGCAUCGAAUCUAUAGUAUCAAAGAGAGUAUUUUAUGAUGGCGGUAUUUCAAAGGAAAAGCGUCGUGUCUUUUAUUUAAUUUUACGAAGACUUGAUGCAGAAGCUACAGAUAUGGAACUUUUGAUGUAUCACGUUCUUAAAGCGAUUGAACCAGCAAUGGGCAAACCUUAUGAGCUUUUGGUGGAUUUAACAAUGUUUGGAGCUGCAAAUGAAAUACAAUUACAAUGGGUUCAACAAUUUAUGCACGUUCUUCCAUUUGAUGCUAUAGAAAAUCUUCACACGUUGUAUUUUUAUAACACGAACACUGCUUUCAAGAAAUUUUUCAAGAAAUUAGCACGAAUUUUCACAAGUAAAGUUACUAGAAAAAUCAUAUUUCUAUGUAAUUUAAACGAACUAAAUGAAUAUAUUUCACCGGCUGAAAUUCGAUUGCCAAAAACAACAAUGCAACUGGAUACAGAUCUAAUGGUGGUAUAUACCCCAGUAACGAGAAUUUCACAUUAUAGGAUGCAAGUACCGGUCAUAAUAAAAAUUAGCCAUGAUACUAUACAAGUUUUGACGCAAGACCUAAUUAAUGGGUUAAGCUGUCAGCUAAAUGAUGUGUAUCAUAUUUCCGAAAUCGAAGACAUCAGCAUAUCUUCACAUAAAAACGACGAUAACGAAUUUACCAUCAAACAAGAUCGGGGUAGACCUUCACUAGUAUUUACCAGCCCCAAAAGAGACAAUAUUAUGUCAUCGAUUCGUUCUUCUAAAGCAAGGUAUCAAAUAGCAAGGCCAACAAACAUAACAGAAAGAGUAAUAAGACCAAGCGAUGUUCCAGGGACAUUGCUAAAUAUGGCUUUGUUGAAUAUUGGUAGUGAUGAUCCAAAUUUGAGGCUGGCCGCUUACAAUUUACUCGUAGCUUUAAGCGCCAUAUUUAACUUUGAUGUUGGUGGUCAAUUAUUAGGAGCGAAAGGAUUAUGUAUACCGGCAAAUAAUACGUCGUUCGUUGUCGGGUUGAGCGAAAGGCUUGCAACUUCGGUUCCUCAGCUUACUCCGGACUUUUUGGGCGAAUUCUUUGUUGGAUUCUAUAAAUCUAGCACUACCUUAAAACAUUUGUGUCUUCAGUAUAUGGCUCCAUGGUUAAUGAAUCUGUCACAAUUUACUAGGAGUGGAGCGGACAGCCAACGAAACAUUAAUAGAACGAGAGAAAUUAUAAGGAAUUUAAUCGAGCUGACAACAAAAGAAACUGAAAUGUAUACUGCUGUUCAAUCAAAGAUAUGGAAUACCUUAGGAAAAGUCGAUGAAAUCACAAAUAUAAUAAUUGAAGAAUUUGUUCAAUACGCUGUCGAUCAUGGCAUUAGUUCUCCCCAAUCUGAAAUAAUCGCAAAUACGAUUGUGACUUUAUCGUCUGUUAACAUUCGAGGAAAAAUAAUUGCGAAAUUAAGAAAAGUCAUUGGGAGGACAUCAAUAAAGGCCACUAGAACUCUUACUGAUAACCCAGCCUGGCCAGAGAUUGCCGUUUUAAUACGGUUCAAUCUAAUGUUAUCAUUUAAUAAUCGCAAUGUACAGCUGUACUUGCCCGAAUUAUUUUAUGUCAUUUCAAUACUAGUGGCUACUGGACCUCCACUUAUUAGGGCUUCAAUACACGGCCUUAUUGUCAACUUGGUGCAAUCCCUUUGCACUUCGAUGCCCUUGAAUGAAAUCAGUGUUAAGAGAUUAACAUUGUUGCUAACAGAAUUAUCCGAACCAAACUUUCGUUACUUUUUUGGGUUGAAUAAUGUUCCCGGUAAUGCUUUUGUUAUAUCAUCGGAAUCUACACAUGAUUUGCCAGACACAAUGCCACUAGCUUCUUUGGAAAAGAUUGUUCAGGCACUAUUGGAAGUUAUGGUUUGUGGCGCAGGCUCAAUUGACAUGUCAAACACAUGGAGGGCUCGAUGGAUGGGGCUUGUUGCCAGUACAGCAUUUCAACAUAAUCCAGCAGUACAGCCAAGGGCCUUUGUGACGCUAGGCUGUCUUGCGCGUGAAGAAGUUGAUGAUGAUCUUUUAUACCAAAUUUUAGUUGCUUUAAGAGGAGCUUUGUCAAUGUUUACCGAGAACGAUUGUUCACUUAUUAUUAGUAUUGUAAUGUGUCUUACGAACAUUGUAGAAAACUUACCUGCAGACUGCCGGUAUUUACAAUCAUUGUUCUGGUUAGCGAUGGCACUCGUUCAAAUAAGUCAUAUUCCCGUAUUUCCAAGCGCAAUUAAUUUAUUAAAUGUAGUUUUAAAAGCAUUAGAUGUCAAUAAUUUCUUUGCAAAUGAAGACAUUGCAACAGUUUUAUUAAAAGCUCGUGUUCCUUUGGAGUCUAUAGCAAAAAGCAUGGAUAGAGAAGCAGGCGUUAAUUAUGACCAUUUUUCAUUUGCAGUUUCAGCGAUACUAUUAAAAGGAUUAAAAAAUCCUGUUACAAAGACUGGAACAAAAGACGUUUUGAAUGCAUUUUUGGAUAUUGCAUCUAAAGGGGUUGGAGAUCAAUCAAAUAACAUCAUAAAUUACAGAAUGUUAGGAUACUUGGCUGCAUUGUUACCAGUUUCAGCUAAAAAUGCGGACAUGAAAGAAUUACUUUGGGUUUGUGGAAUAGUUGAUUCCGAAGUUGAUAAUUCAGAGUUAGGGACAACGUAUUAUAAAAUAUUUGAAAAACUUGAUAUCCCCGACAAUAAAACUGCUUUGCUAUUAAUUUCCUUGAUGGUUGCCAUGUUACAAACUGCAGAACAUGAACCCGAAAGGUUAUUCUUGUACGGUUUUUUGGCAGAAGCCGCUUCAGCUUUGCCUCAAGUAUUUGCUUUAGUGUAUGAUUCUUUACUCCCAAAGAUGACACAAAUAAUCAAUAGUAGUGAGACUAUUCCAAUUCUUGAUUCCGUUCAGUCCAUACUAUAUACCGUGAUUUCUUCUGAAACACAAUUUCCAUCUAACAGAGUUGUAAGUCGAAUAAAUCAAAUGCCUUCAUAUCUUGAAGACAUAGGAUUCACAAAUUUAAUGGAUUGUGGGUCAUUCCAAACUAUAACGAGAGAAAAAAUGAAAACUAAUGCAAUGUUAGCAAGUGAAUUGGUAGAUAAAAUAAUAAGUGGUUAA